AUGGAUACCCACGACGUCUCGGGAAACAGAGAGUACUGGGAGUACCUGCGCCGGUACAAGCAGACUCUCCAGCAUGCCCAGUCCCGCAAAGGACAGCGGCCCAAGACGACAAAGUCUCGCGAUGAGAUUAUAUUUCAGUUCAUGCUUCGGCGUAUAAGGUCCAGUGUUGCGCCGGUCGACCUCCAAACCAUCCGGUCGUCUUUUGUCCCUCCAGCCUACGCACCCUGCACCGCUCCUUUAAGGAGUCUGGCGAAAGCCAUGAUCAAAGACCUCACCCUCGAAACCCAUCAUCGUGGAUCCUACAUUCUACUGAGGGCAGUCACUCCGCCAGACACAAUGACCUCGGUCAUGGUUAUUGUGGAGGAUGAGGAAGGAGAUGUUCUCAUGCUGCAACUGUACAAUCAAGAAGAAGGGCUCUUAGCUGAGGGCCGUCUUAUCCAAGGGACAGUGAUACUGGUGAAGGAGCCUUAUUUGAAGACCAUGUCCGACGGAGACUAUGGCAUCCGGGUUGACCAUCUUUCCGACGUGAGGUUUAUCCUAGAUCAUGACACUCUCAUCCCAUCGCCGUGGAGACGACAGCGCAUGGAAAACGAGGCCUCUGCCCGCUCCUGGAAGCUGAAGGGUAACGAUUGUUUCAACGAUGCUCACUAUCACGCCGCGCUUGACUGCUACUCCAAGGGUCUGGACUCUUCUCCUGCUCCUGACGAAGCCGUUACUAUCCAGCUCAAUCGUGCUCUCACAUUUCUCAAGACUCAUCAGUUUGACGCAGCCCUCCGCGAUCUCGAGACAGUCUCGGCAGACUCCAAGCCCUCCGAGAAAGCGCUUUUCCGCAAAGCCCAGGCUCUCUACCAUCUGCAGAGAUUUCGUGAAUCUGGUGAAGCUCACCAAGUGCUUGCCAGGGAAUUCCCGAGCAAUGCCCCCGCUCGGAGCGAGUUCAAUCGCGCCAUUGCGCGACUCGCGGAACAGAAGACCGGCAAGUAUCCGUUCAAACGGCUGCAGCUCGAGGCGACAAAACGACGUCCACCACUUCUUGAUCACGCAACCUACGUUGGCCCUGUUGCGGUGAGACCGACCGAGUCCCGCGGGCGAGGUUUAUUCACGACCGAAGCCGUCAAAGCCGGGGAUCUUCUCUUCUGCGAGAAAGCGUUUGCGCAUGCCUUCCAUGACGCCGACGACCCCAGGAGGAGCAUCGGCCUUUUGAUCAACCCACAAACAAACCAAAUAACCAUGGGCACUCAGACGGAGCUUAUUCGGCUGAUUGUGCAAAAGCUGUACAAGAAUCCAUCCACCAUACCAGCUUUCAUUGAUCUUUAUCACGACUCAUACCAGCCCGUUGCCGUGCCAGAAGUAGACGACACCCCGAUUGUGGAUACGUUCCUUGUGGAGCAGAUUGUGGCGUUGAAUUGCUUUGGCUGUCCUCUCCUGUCUCGCGAGUCGCAUCGACGCACCAUGACCGGCCAGGCGCAACUGGACCACGACGAGCAGAAAUUCCAUUCCUGUGGCGUUUGGCUCCUGGCAUCCUACAUCAACCAUUCAUGCUGCAGCAAUGCGCGGCGUUCAUUUAUUGGCGAUAUGAUGAUUGUUCGUGCCGCACAAGAUCUCGCCGCGGGCACCGAAAUCACCUUCUGGUAUCAAUCACCCCUGAACAGCGAUUUCCCCGAGAAACGAAUGAACCUGCAGCACUGGGGCUUCAAGUGUGCCUGCGCAAUAUGCCAAGAUGCGCAACAGACCGAGAAGAGCAUUGUGAUGACGCGAAAGAAACUCACGGCUGAUUUGAAGAAAGAGAUCCAAUGCCGCAAGAAGCCAAACACAACGACAAUCACGGCUCUCCUCUCCCGGCUGGAGGAGACAUAUCGACAGCCCGCCUCUGAGGUUCCUCGUCUCGGCCUUUGGAGACCAUAUUGGAAUCUUGCAAUGCUGUACGCCAUGCAUGGACAGCCACAGAAGACAAUCGAGUUCGCGCUGAAAACUCUGGAAUCGCUGGGCUACGUUGUUGAAGGCGGGCACCUUCCCCGUAUCUCAGGGACACCACUGCGGGUCAAGCAAUGGGGAUUAAUGACAGAUAGUCUUGUCGGGUGUUGGAUGAGUCUCUCCCAUGCGUACCAGCAGGUCGCCCCUGACCUAGCGCCUCAAGCGCACGAGUAUGCUCGGAUUACAUAUCGGAUCUGUCUCGGCGAAGACGAAACAUUUGACGAGACCUACGCGCAGGUAUCGGAGCGGUCAUAUGGUUUCCUUGCCGGCGAGUGA